AUGGCCUCCGCCGCAGGGCGCAAAAAGUCUGUCAUCUCCGCCACCACGCCCACUAUUGAAUCUCCCAUCGCGAAUAACACCCUCCUCAACAAGGCCGCGUCCCAGUCGACCUCUCUCUACCAGCAAUGCUCAGCUCUUCGCACUCGUUUGCUCCAGGUUCAGGAUUUCCCUGAAUGGUUCACCGUCUCCUCACCCCCAGAUUCCUCCCGCCGCUCAACCGAUCCCGUAACCCAAUUAUGGGACUGCUUUGCGUUAGGAGUACCUCUCUGCUAUCUCUUCAACCUUCUGCCCGCUCCCUUCAGUCCUAUUAACAUCGACACCGACCCCAAAUCCUUCGACGCAACAAACGAGAAGACGAAGAAACGUUCAAUCGCGCUGUUCUCGAUGCAAAUCAAGCAACUGGAGGGUUGCGAGCAGUUCACGGUCACCGAGUUAUGGGACCGUAAUUCUACGGACGGCUUCGUAAAGGUCGUGAACAACGUAAUCAAUCUCGUCAGAUGCCUCCCAGACGAGGUCUUCGUCGAGCCGCAGCUGUCUUCUCCGCAUCUCGCCUCCGCUCAACAAUCUACCGACUCCCUAGAUGCAGACGGUGCGGCGCCUCCCCCGGAGAGAGACGGGGGUGCCCGAUACAACAUUGUCAGGGAACUUGUUGAGACGGAAAGGAAAUAUGUACAGGAUUUGGAGGUUAUGCAGAAAUAUUCCAUUGCGGCGUCGCAAAUGAAUGUGAUGGAUCAAGAGACCCUCCAGCGUCUGUUCCCGGGCUUGAACAAGCUUCUUAACUUCCAGCGCAAGUUUCUCAUCAAACUGGAGAGUAUCGCGGAGUUAUCUCCCAACGACCAGUCAUGGGGAGUGCCAUUCAUGGAGAAUGAGGAAGAGUUCGCGGUAUACGAACCGUAUUGCGCUCUGUAUACGUCUGCAUCGGACAUCAUGCUGCAAGAGAUGCAGAACCUCACCGCUCUGGACAAUGUUCUUUCCAAGUCGGAACUGCCUGCUUUCCUUAUCAAACCUGUGCAGCGGAUCUGCAAGUACCCCUUGCUGUUAGAGUCACUCCUCAAAGCUGUAAAAACAACCGACUAUCCCUUCAUCGAAGAGUUGAAACUCGGGGUAGCGGCGGCAAAGCGUGUGACGGAUAAGAUCAACGAAGCGCAGCGUCGGGCUGAGAACCUCGCGACCGUGGAGGCCUUGAAAGGCCGUGUUGAGGACUGGAAAGGUCAUCACAUAAGCCAGUUCGGCAGCCUCUUGCUCGACGACAUCUUCACCGUCACGAAGUCUGAAGUUGACAGGGAGUACCAUGUCUUCCUUUUUGAGAAGAUCAUCCUGUGCUGCAAGGAGUAUCUUGUGCCGUCAGCCAAUGGAAGGAAGGUUGGCAAGAGCAACUCGAUUUUGAAGAAACCACCGGUUCCUCCGCCGUUGAUGCUUCCAGGGGCUGGCCCCUCGAAGAAAAGAAACACACCCUUGUUGUUGAAGGGUCGUAUUUUCCUCGCUAAUGUGCACCUCGCUGAGCCCAAGAUUUCCGCAGGUAGGUCCUCAGAACUUUGGUGUCAAUAUUCGCUGGCAGUGUACUGGCGCGGCGAUGAUGAUACGGAAUUUUUCACGCUCCGCUGCCGGAAUGAGGAACAGCUGAAGAUGUGGGAAACGCAGCUGAACCGCCUCAUACAGGAGAACAUCAACAGGCGUAUGUCAGACAGGAAUCCCCAGCGGCUUACCCAGAUGACUCCAUCUAGCGCCGCGGCAAUGCAGCAGCGACCCCCGCCGAUCGCAUACAACCAGGAGAAAACGUACUCCACCUUCUCUCAGUCUACCGUGUACAGUGCAUACGGUGCCACAUCUCCGUACGGCGCCCCUGGUCGCAUGGGUCGACAUCCGUACGCUGCUGCAGGCGACGAGCCGCCCGCGUCAGCGAACGGCUCGUACAGCAACGGCUUCGGCCACGGUCCUCAGGGCUAUCCUCCACACGACGGAUUUGAUGUCGACCUGGAUGAAGACUACGAAGAAUAUCCUCUGCCGAAUUAUCCCCCGUCUGGACGGGCGACUCCUGCUGGCAGCCGCCGCUCAGACAUGAUUGGUUUCUCGCAAAGCGCGCGGACGAGCUCACAUUCCUCGAUUCCGUCAGCCAUGAGCAGUCAUACUGCCCUGCGCAGCCAGUUCAGUUCAACGCGACUCAAGGGUGCGUAUGAUCAGGCUGAAUCGCGCCCCAAUGCUAGCUCGCGGCAGAGUGCACCGGCGGCACCGUCGCGGUCGCGCAGCGCUAGCCAACCGACUGCAUACAUCCCACCUACUGUGCCACCUCCGCUGCCCACGUCUAUUCCCUCUUCAGUACAGUGGUCAACUCGUGCGCAGAGUACUGUGGGUAACGGCCACAACAAGCGAGGGAGUGGUUCGAGUGAGUCGACGGGCGAGAGCUCUGACUACUCUCCACAUAGCAGUGGCUCGCCCAUCACGCCAUUCGGCUCGAGCGAUACAUCAUUGGCAGGAAUGUCUGCAUCACGCCACUCGCGAUCGCAGCAGCAUGUCGAUCAAGUAGUCACAUCCGCUGCGAAUGAGCUAUCGAGGCCGGUGAAGGUGAAGGUGCACUUCCAUGAGGACAUCUUUGUCAUUCAGGUGCCUCGGUCGACGGAGUUCGACCAGUUAGUGGAGAAGGUCGGCAAGAAGAUCAGACUGUGCGGACCUAACCGGAGGGAUGACGGCCCUCUGCGCGUGAAGUACAAGGAUGAAGAUGGCGAUCUUGUGUCACUAGGGUCAACGGAGGACGUCCAGAUGGCGUUCGAGUCCUUCCGGCCUGGCAAUCUAGUGACGCUCUAUGUGCAAUGA